AAGUAAACAAAAAGUAAACAAACAUUGCAACAUACCCAGACAUUUUAGAGUUUAUUCUGGAAUAAAAAAUAAGUCUUGUGCAAUCACUUCGAUGGGUAUAAAAAGACACGUUAUUUACUCUGUAGCAAUAUAUGUGGUUGGCAAUGUGAAACAAACAUUUAAACUGCACAAGAGUGCUCGAGUGAGGCAGCGAGCCCUGAAGGAGAUGUGCCCGUGCCAUGUGAAGGAAGAUCUGACAGAGUUUUGGGACCGAGUCCUUGAUAUGGUUGGUGAUGAAUCUCCUGUCGUCAGAUAUCAGGUUUUACACACCCUGUGUGACGGCUCGCCAACCCAUAUGGAAGACAAGGUGGCCGAUGUCCUCGACAUUUUCAACAAUGACAGCGACCCCAAACUACGACGAAAGGCCCACCAAGUGUUGUCCGGGUACAGACGGACUGGCAAAUGGAAUGUCAUGUGAAUGGAAUAGGACACCGGAUUUAGGAAUAGACCUUUAACUACAACGAACGUCCCACCAGGUUUUGUCUGGGUACAGGCAGACUUGCAAAUCGGAUGUAGUGUUUGUUACACAAGAUUUGGAAUAGAGCAUUUAACAUUAUACAUCUUGGUGAAUUGUGCAUUGUCAUGGAAGACUUACCCAUCAGUAAUUCUGAAAGUUUGCUUAAGCAGCUUUCUACACACUCAGAAUGUUUCAGUCGACGUUUUAAAAGGGUCGGACAUGCAACAAAGAAUGCAUUUGAGAUUUUUGUUAUCAAAAUUAUGUAUUAACAAGGGAAAUUUGUAGGUACUUUCAUUCCUGCUUCUAUGAUUUUAAUUACCUUAAUAUACAUCCAUGCUCUUGUAAAAAUAUAUAGAAGAAUAAAUCAGAAACAGAAAUAUA